AUGACAAGCUCUUUCAGUAGGAACCUGGAGGCACCGCCGCCAACGAACUACUCCGCUAAGGUCGGUCCGCGACAAGGCUUUGCAUCGACUAUGUUCGACCCACGCACGGCGUCCGCUUCGCCUUCCCCAACAGGAUCCGGCUUCAGUAACAGCUGCUCAGAGGGUGCUGGAAACAGUGACAAUGGUUCCGGGCUGCGAACGAGCAAUCAGCGGGGGGCGCAGCCGAGCCACACCCAACGCCUUCCGGCAGCUGGCUUUCGGCAGCACGCCAACCCCGUCGCUCGAGUCCCCGCGCAUUCAUCGCUCAACAACGGCGGCACCCCCACCCUCGACACGGCCUGCGGUGCCCUCCGGAACAACCUCAUCGGGAGGCUCGCCCCGGUUCAAACGCCGUUCGGCUCAAAGCCACUUGUCUACGCCGACUGGACGGCGAGCGGGCGCCCCGUGAAAUCGAUCGAAGACUUCAUGAACCGGGAGGUCCUUCCUCGGUACGGCAACACUCACACCACGUCUAGCGAGACCGGCGCCCAGACGACAGCUUUCCGCGAAGAGGCCCGAAAGAUCAUAGCGCGGUGCCUCAACGCCAAGUGCGGAUCGUCGCACGGCGGGAGCAGCAAAGACGACGGCGGCGACGUCGUGAUUUUCGCUGGCUCUGGCACGACCGCGGCCGUUGCGAAGGUGGUGUCCGCUCUCAACCUCGACACCAAGAAGACCCGCACGUGGAGGGCGGACAGCAGGCCGGUGGUGUUCAUCGGGCCCUUCGAGCACCACUCCAACAUCCUGCCGUGGAGGGAAUCGUGCGCCGACGUCGUCCAGAUCCGCGAGAACGCCGCCGGCGGUCUCGAUCUCGAAGACCUGGAGCGAAACCUCAAGGCGUACUCCCGCCGCCGCCUGAAGAUCGGUUCCUUCGCCGCUGCAUCGAACGUGACUGGUGCCAUGGAAGACACGGAGAAGAUCACGAGGAUCCUUCACAGCGGAGGAGCUUUGUCGUUUUGGGACUACGCCACCGCCGCACCGUACGUGAACAUCGACAUGAACCCCAAGGGAUUCAACGAUGCCGAUGAGGCCCUAGCCGCCAAAGACGCGGUGUUCAUCUCGGGGCACAAGUUUCUCGGCGGCGCAGGAACGCCCGGGCUGUUGGUGUGCAAGAAGAAGCUCUUCACCAUGAGCAAGACGCCGGUGGUAAAAGGCGGCGGCACGGUCCUCUUCGUGACCCACAAGGGUCACACGUACCUCAGCAACAUCGAGGAGCGCGAGGAAGGCGGUACCCCCGACAUUCUCGGCUCCAUCAGGCUCGGUCUGGUGUUCCAGAUGAAGGAGAAGCUGGGAAGCGUUGAGGAAAAAGAAGAACGGCUGACCCACAUGGGGUUGACAGCCCUCAGGUCGAACCCCCGGAUCUUUUUUCUAGGAGACACCGGCCGGGAGCGCCUCCCCAUCUUCAGCUUCUUGGUACGGCACGGCAACAGGGGAGCACGGUACCUCCACCACAAUUUCGUGUGCGCACUCCUGAACGACCUCUUCGGGGUCCAAGCCAGGGCCGGGUGUCAGUGCGCGGGGCCGUACGGGGUGCGGCUGCUGUCGAUGUCGGACAGCUCCCUCCCUAAGAUGAAGAGGCAGGUCGAGGCUGACGUCGGGAUCAUGAAGCCGGGCUUCUGCCGCCUGAGCCUGACGUUCUUCAUGUCUGAUGCCGAGGCGAGGUACAUUCUCGAUGCGGUUAUGUUCGUGGCAGACCAUGGUGCGACCUUCCUCCCUCUCUACCAGCCGGACAUCAAGUCAUCAGAGUGGAAGUUUUUCGCGCCGUCCGCUGCGCCGACCGACAGCAGGAAAAGGCCGACCCUCGACGAAGCGCGCUACGGGUUCUCCAACCGCCGCCUCCUCGACGCCCCGCCGCCGGCGGGAAAUGACGUCAGCUCGGGAACGGCCCUGUCCACGGACGGGGAGUCGGCGAUGUUCACAGGCCUCGUCGAUGAGGCCUUCAACCUCGCCGCGGAAGUCGCCCGGCAGGGGACGGUGAACGUCAGCGGCCCGAGGCUGACGCUCGACAGGGAAGGCGAGGCCCUGCGCUGGUUCUACUUCCCCAACGAAACCGUGUCGACGCAGGUUGUGCGGCCCCUCGUCAUCAUGCCGAGGCUUUACAACAACGGGCAACAGCAACAGCGGGCCCCCGAAUACCAGACGCGGGAAUCGCCAUGGUUCGCCAGGAUUUUCGGGGGGAAGAAGGCACUCAGCGCGGCGACCCCGCAGAGGCGUUCCGGUCCCAACGACGAUGAAGACGAAGAAAACCCGCAGGUCCGCGCUCUCAUGGCCAGACUUCAAAGCCUGGAGGCGGAGCUUGCGCAGCAGUCAGAGAAGAAAAUGCAACAACAGCCGAGGCAGCGGCCAGAGCAGCAAGCGCACCAGCAGUCGUGGCAGCAGAAGCCGACUCUGCAGCAGAGGCCGCCCAGGCCACAGAAGCAACCGGUACAGCAACAGCCCGUCACAGGCUUCGAUGUGGCUCGAGGUAGGGUCGAGACUACUACCGGAUCCAAACCUGUACGGCUUGCCGAUCUGGGCGUCGAGACUUGUGGUGGAUCGGAACCUGAACGCGUUGGCGAUGCGGGCGUCAAGACCGGUGGAUCGAAAUCUGUCGGGCUAGCCGACCUGGGUGAUUCGUGCUACUUUUAAAAAGGCUGGUGCUCGACGCAGGGCUUGAGGCUGGAAGCAAGAUGAAUAUCCGAGCCUAGAGCCUUCCGCAGCAUUUCUCGGAUUUGCUCGACCGUCGAUUCUGUGAAUGGAAACACGCGUCCAGAUUUUUUCUGAUCUGCAUUCUACUUGUAUUGUGUGGUCUGCGUUUUUUUGGAAGAUAUUUUGUAGCUUGCUCGGUCGAUGUGGCACCGGACGCACACACAUUGACAUGGCGGGCCAUGAAGGACGAUUCCUGGCACCCAUCUUUUUUCGUACGUGGUGCACUGUUAUAUCUGCUGUGCUCGCCAGUCCCAUGGGAUGUAUGUAUGGUCACUCGUGAUAUUUUUAGUGAAGAAUGUCGUGCGUCGAGCUUCGUAAAUGAAGUCGUUCGGUUGUUCGUGAGUGCGCGAAAACAGGGGGGAGGUUGGCCCUGUGUCCACAGUUGACCUCGAUCACCAGAGACAGAUGGGGAACGUGGUGCGGAACUUUGUGGUGAAUCGGACUUGUAGGGAAAGUAUGAUCCUUGCCUAGUCAAAUAGAAGCAUAAGAUAUGUUGCGUUGUACCUGGUACUCCGUAUGUCCUUUGGUUGGCGUUGCGUGUCUACUGUGUGGAAAACAUGAUGUUAGUCUAGACGAGUCUACAGCUUUGCGCUGUACAGUAUGGCUUUUGCUUGGCGUUGCGUGGAUAUGUGGUGACAGCUCCCCGAUCGUUCUUUUUCAUUUUUGUCGACGCGGUGUGUAUGUCGCCUGCAGAAAGAAAUCGCAUCCUGCUGAAAACCUCUUCUUUUUCUCGCCGUGACCCUUGGUGUGUGUGUGUUAUAUUGAGUGCUUGACACCUGGUAGAGUCUAGCGCGGUGUCAUUGUCGCAGGCCCCACUGAAAGCCGCUGCUCUUUAUCCCGCUAUUAUAUAUGUUUGUAUCACGGUGUUGCCCAUGCCCUCUAUGUAUAUCAGGUGCUGUGCAUGGUGUGUGGGAACGUGUGUGUGUGUUGCGUAGGCGUCCAAGGUGUUCCGGGUGUGCGUGCAACAGAGGAUGUUUUUGUAUUCCU